GCGGCGCGGGGCGCGGGCGGCCAUGGUGAAGAUCAGCUUCCAGCCCGCCGCGGCCGGCGGCAAGGCCGACAAGGCCGACAGGGCCGACAAGGCCGACAGGGCCGCGGCGUCGGCCCGGGCGCCCGCCCCGGCCGCGGAGGUCCUGCUGGCGCCCGCCCGGGAGGAGCGGCCCCCCUGCCACCGCUACAAGAAGGGGGGCUCUGUGGGCGGUGUGUGCUACCUGUCGAUGGGCAUGGUGGUGCUGCUCAUGGGCCUGGUGUUCGCCUCCGUCUACAUCUACAGAUACUUCUUCCUGGCUCAGCUGGCCCGAGACAACUUCUUCCACUGCGGCGUGUUCUACGAGGACUCCCUGUCCUCCCACCUGCGCACCCGCAUGGAGCUGGAGGAGGACGUGAAGAUCUACCUGGAGGAGAACUACGAGCGCAUCAACGUGCCGGUGCCUCAGUUUGGGGGGGGCGACCCUGCGGAUAUCAUCCACGACUUCCAGCGGGGCCUCACCGCCUACCACGACAUCUCCCUGGACAAGUGCUAUGUCAUCGAGCUCAACACCACCAUCGUGCUGCCCCCUCGCAACUUCUGGGAACUCCUCAUGAACGUGAAGAGGGGGACCUACCUGCCGCAGACAUACAUCAUCCAGGAGGAGAUGGUGGUCACGGAGCACGUCAGUGACAAAGAGGCCCUGGGCUCCUUCAUCUACCACCUGUGCAGCGGGAAGGACACCUACCGGCUGCGGCGCCGCGCCACCCGCAGGCGGAUCAACAAGCGAGCAGCCAAGAACUGCAACGCCAUCCGGCACUUCGAGAACACCUUCGUGGUGGAGACGCUCAUCUGCGGGGUGGUGUGAAGCCUCGCCUCCGGGCCCCGCCUCCUUCCUUUCUCUCCUGCCACUCUGGCCUCUUCCCUGCGCUUAGCUUGUACUUUGGACGCCUUUCCUUAGAUGUGAGUGUCUCCGAGUCCUCGCCCGCCCCACCCGCUUCCCCGUACCAGACCUUGACCUCUCGAGGCCCCACCUCUGCGGACCUCCAGGUCUGGGCGUGAGGGACGCCCCGAGAUGUUUACGUGGCCACCAUCUUGAAAUGGGUCUGCCAGGGCCUGGCCCACAGCUGCACUGGCAACCUGAGGGGCGGACAUAGGGGGUCCUGGGGGAGGGGGCGGGCUGGGGGUGCAGAAUAUGAAGUGGGUCUCAGAAAUACCUGCACAGUUGGGCGAGCCCCAGAAGACUUUUUCUGGGGCAUAUGCCCAGGAACGGACCCACCCAGAGCACAAGGGAAGGGGCUGGCCUGGGGGCCUCCCUGGGACACCUGUCAGUGCCUUCAGCAGGAGUUUGGGGGUUGGGGAUAAGUCAAGCACAAUUGCUGUCUGAGUGGAACCAAAGAAGAGGGACCAGCCCGCCCAGGCUCCCCAGGAGCAGCAGGGGGUCCCCGCAGGCCGCGGGCAGAAGAAGGUGGCUCCUGCCUGGCCGGCACUGAACCCAGAGGCGCCUUGGGCCCUGUCUGAGGGCGGGGCUCGGCCUUCUCCAACUUGGAGCUGCCUUAGAAGCCCGAGGGGGGACACCUGGUACUUGUGCACCUGCCCCCUCUUAUUCUCUCAUUCCAUCCCCUCUGCUUUGGGGGACGCCGUGUUCUUUCCUUCCCCUUCUCACUUUUGCAUGUUUUUACUGAGGGUUCGCUAACCCGUCUCAGCCCCGACUCCUAAAGAGGACUUGGAUUCCUCCAGCCAGGCGGUGUUCUCUAGAGAUGAACCUUAAAUGCUUUGUAUAUUUUCUCAGUUAGAUCUUUUCAGAAGUGUCUGUAGAACAAUAAAAAUCUUUUGACUUCUGACUCUGACUUGGCA